AUGGAAUACCACUGGAUACUCCUACCUGUCAUUCUACACUUCAUCUUUCACCCAGUUGACACCAAGCCAUCCAUCACCCCAACCACCACCAGCCUGGUCUUCCACUCCCACCUCUCCCUCGGGACGUACCUUGUGGUCGAAAUGAACAAACCCUUUGGCCUUCGUUGCCAGGGAGACAAGGUGAUGCACUGGAUGAGGGAGGGCCGGCCCAAAGUCCGCGGGGAGACGCAGGUGGAUGGGAUGUCCACGGUGCAUGUCCAGCGCGCCCUCCUUUCUCACACAGGACGAUACAUCUGCUUCGAGGAACUAUCCAGCCUCCAAACAUCUAUCUAUGUCUUUGUCAGAGAUCCUGACAAUCCUUUCAGAAGAUCAAUAGUGGAUAGUAUAUUAGCUCGAGAAGGAGAGACAGUUACCAUUCCCUGCUUGGCAACGGAUCCAAGUUUGGAAAAAUUGCAUUUACAAACCUGCUCCUCGAAAAGCUUGGCCACUGGUCUACAAUACAACACCAGUCUGGAUCAGGGCAUCACCAUCUUUCACGCACAGAAGGACUAUGAAGGCUGCUACAUCUGUAAAGGAACCCUGGGCGAUAAAGAAGUCCAGUCCAUAAACUACCGCCUCACUGUGAAACCAGUGCCCCGAGCUAAGCCUGUGAUUGAUAUGCAGUCUCCAAAGCGCUUAAUUCUCAUUCGCGGUGAGAACCUGUCUCUCAGCUGCAACACGUCCAACGUCAACAGUGACAUCAAACUGGAGUGGCUGACUCCACCCGGCUCGGGUGCCGUCUGGUAUCCACAGCAACCGGCAGAGGUGAGCACUAAAUCUGGAAUCGAGAUGGAGCCGGUGGAAUACGUAUGCAGCAUUAGCCUGAGCAUCAGGAGUGUGAAGCCCCAGGAUUCGGGCCGCUAUCAGUGCGAAGCCCACAACGAGAAGGGCGUCAGCUCCCAGUCACUCUGGCUCGAUGUUUAUGAAAAAGGUUUCAUUGACCUGACGCCACAGACGAAUAAGUCCUAUCACGUUCGCUCUGGGGAGAGUUUGACCCUGAAAGUGGACAUGGAGGCCUAUCCCAAACCACGCAGCUUCUCCUGGUCCUUCAGACAGCAUGGCCUCCGCAACACAACCGACCACGUCAUCACCACAUACUCGCACCAGUACAGGUUUGUAAGCGAGCUGCGGCUUGUGCGGUUGAAGAUAGCGGAAAGCGGUGUCUACACUUUCAAGGCAACAAAUGGACACACAUCCGUGAACCAGUCAUUCACCAUCUUCGUCAUCAGUAAACCAGAGAUCGUCGCGCACAUGGGCCCAGUGAAUGGUCAAGUGCGCUGUGUUGCUGAGGGAUUCCCUGCUCCACGGAUCACAUGGUUCUAUUGUGAGCAGUCAUACGUGAGGUGUUCGCAGCAGGUGAACGCCACGCAGGAGGAGCAGAAUGUGAUCACGGUGACGGUGCUGAGCCCUCUGUUCGGGAAGUCUGAGGUGGAGAGCCGCGUGAACGUGAGCCGCGGGCGCUUCAGUACGCUGGAGUGCGUGGCCACGGCGGAGGGCGAGCAGGCCUACAUGCUCUUCUCUAUCAGCGAGAAGAGAGUCCCUCAUGAUUUGUUCGCGCCCUUGCUCAUUGGCACAGCGUCAGCAGCGGCAUUCCUCUGUCUGGUCCUCAUCGCGCUCUUCUACAAGUACUUAAAGAAACCCAAAUAUCAGAUCCAGUGGAAAGUUAUUGAGGGCGUGCACGGAAACAACUAUGUGUAUAUUGACCCCACCCAGCUACCGUACAAUCACCAAUGGGAGUUUCCACGGAAUAACCUGCAGUUUGGAAAGACUUUGGGAUCUGGAGCUUUUGGAAAAGUGGUGGAGGCAAGAGCGUACGGCCUCUCCAAAGAAGACUCAGUCAUGACUGUGGCAGUGAAGAUGUUGAAAUCAAGCGCACAUUCCACAGAGAAAGAAGCGCUGAUGUCUGAACUGAAGGUGCUGAGUUACUUGGGGAACCACAUGAACAUAGUCAACCUGCUCGGAGCGUGCACUGUUGGAGGUCCCACAUUAGUGAUAACAGAAUACUGCUGCUUUGGAGACCUGCUCAACUUCUUGCGUCGGAAACAAGAAUUUUUCAUCUGUUACAAGAACGAGGAGGACUGUUACUAUCACAAUCUGGUGCUGCAGCGAGUGGCUAAUGGAGACAGCUUGAACGGCUACAUGAGCAUGAAGCCUUCUGUCGCUGGCACGCACCCGCUAACGUCCAAGAAGAGGCGCUCCAUACGAAACGGUGGUUCGUACAUUGGGGCAGAUGAAGAAAGCGAGUGUUUUGAUGAAGAUGGUCUGUCUCUGGACACCGAGGACCUCCUGAGCUUCUCGUAUCAGGUCGCAAAAGGGAUGGAGUUCCUGGCCUCCAAAAAUUGCAUUCACAGAGACCUGGCUGCCAGAAACAUCCUUCUUACACAGGGGAGAGUGGCUAAAAUCUGUGAUUUUGGUUUGGCCCGUGACAUCACUACAGACUCCAACUAUGUGGUCAAAGGAAACGCCCGUUUGCCAGUGAAGUGGAUGUCUCCAGAAAGUAUUUUUGAGUGUGUCUAUACUUUUGAGAGUGAUGUCUGGUCCUAUGGCAUUUUGCUGUGGGAAAUCUUCUCUUUAGGAAGCAGCCCGUAUCCAGGGAUGCCUGUGGACGCCAAGUUCUACAAGAUGAUAAAAGAAGGAUACAGGAUGAACGCCCCAGAGUUUGCACCCAAUGAAAUGUAUCAGAUUAUGUGGUCGUGCUGGGACCCUGUCCCCGUUAAACGGCCCCCCUUCACGAAGGUCGUGGAACAGAUCGAACAGCAGCUUUCAGAUGCUACUAAACACAUUUACCUGAAUUUCGGCUCGAGGCUCACGCUAACGCCGACGUCCACAGAGAAGCCUGGAUCCCAAAGUCCCAGCUCGGUCCAUCCUGUGAAGCCGGAGAGUAACAACAACCCCCAGACACAGCCCUUACUGCUCCAGCAUGAGGUCUUCCUGGCGGGGAGCGGGAGCGGUCUGAGAGCCCAGCGGGUUUAG